AUGCCAGGGCGCGCUGCCCUCCGCGGGGCCGGGGGCGCCCUGGGCGCCUGGCUGCUGGGCGGCCUGUGGGUCUGGGUCCUGGGCGGCCUGGGCGGGCCCGGGGCGGGGGCGCUGCGGGCGGAUCCCUGGGGGUCUCCGGGGACGCCGCGGCCUUGCCGGGCGCCGCAGCAGUGGGAAGGGCGCCAGGUGCUGUACCGGCAGAGCAGCGGGCGCAACAGCCGCGCCCUGCUCUCCUACGACGGCCUCCAGCAGCGCGUGCGGGUGCUGGACGAGAGGAAGGCGCUCAUCCCCUGCAAGAGAUUAUUUGAAUAUAUUUUGCUCUAUAAAGAUGGAGUGAUGUUUCAGAUUGAACAAGCCACCAAGGAAUGUUCCAAGUUGACCCUGGCAGACCCCUGGGACCCUCUUGACAUUCCUCAGAAUGCCACUUUUGAGGACCAGUACUCCAUAGGGGGGCCCCAGGAGCAGAUCACCGUUCAGGAGUGGUCUGACAGAAAGUCAGCCAGAUCAUAUGAGACUUGGAUUGGCAUUUAUACGCUCAAGGAUUGUUACCCGGUCCAGGAAACCUUCACCCAGAAUUACAGUGUGAUAUUGUCCACACGGUUUUUCGACAUACAGCUGGGUAUCAAAGACCCCUCGGUGUUUACCCCCCCAAGCACGUGCCAGACAGCCCGGCUGGAGAGGAUGAGUGAGGACUGUUCCUGGUAA